AUGACUGAUAUAGAAACUCCACCAUCCUCAGCUGACACGCAAACAUCAGCUGUUGAAAACAAAGAAUCCCCAUCAAUCGAUGGUGUAUUAUCUCCCUCUGUUGCCACCUCACCAUCGUCAAACAUAACGAAUUCACAUCCACUAGAAUCUCAUUAUACAUUCUGGUAUACACACCGUCCCACAACAUUCCGAAAUAAAAAUUUAAAACCAAUGUGGGAAGAAGAAGGAAAUCGAAAUGGCGGAAAGUGGAUAUUACGUUUAAAAAAGGGUUUAUCGAGUCGAUUAUGGGAACUGUUAAUAUUAGCCGUUAUUGGUGAACAGUUUCAGGUUGGAAAAGAAAUAUGUGGAAUUGUAUGUUCAAUUCGUCCACAAGAAGAUCUCAUUAGUGUAUGGACAAAAACAGCGAAUAAUCAAAAUGUCACCCAACGUAUUAGAGAAACAAUGAAAAAAGUAUUAAGUUUGCCUGUUGAUUAUAUGUUUGAUAAAACAAAUAAACAAUUUUACUUUCGUUCACCAAAUCCAUUUUGGUGUUUUGUUAUUCCCGUAUUGAUUGUGUACUUGACAUUAUGUGCAUAUUGGCCUGAUAUUCUACCAUUUCAUAAACUUGGCUAUUUGGGAACAUUUUCUUCCUAUUUAGUUCUAAAUCAUCGUCUCAUAGUUGUCCUCAUAUUUUGGGCUAUUUUAGCGUGUCAUAUUUAUGAAAGUGUUUUAGCUGCUAACUAUUCGUCAAAAGCAAAUUUAAAUAGAAAAUCUAUUAAUCUAUGGUCGUUUCAAACAUUUGUAUUAGGCUAUCCAUCGCUACGAUUAGUCAAAUGUUAUUUACGUGAUCAUAAAAAUAAAUAA